CUAGAGUACGCUAUAUCCGGAGACGGUCCUUUGACAACCUUAGGAUUUAAUGAAGCACUAGGUUUUAUUAAUACCAAAUAUGCGAAUGCCUCCGACGAUUUUCCAGACAUACAAAUACAUAUGUGGUCAACGGGGGACUACUCCGAGAGCACUAGAAAGAUUUUUGGAUUGACGAGAGAAUUCUAUGAUGCCGUAUAUAGAGAUGUUCACAAUAAGGACGGGUGGAGUGUGUAUCCUACCCUUUUAAGACCUAAAAGUAGAGGAAUUAUCAAGCUUCGGAGCAACAAUCCUUUCGAUCACCCAUUGAUUUAUCCAAAUUAUUUCAAGGAGCCAGAAGACAUGGCCACAUUGAUCGAAGGAGUUAAAUUUGUACUCGAGAUGAGUAAAACUGUUUCGCUUAGACGUUACGGCAGCAAACUGAAUCCGAAUCCAUUUCCUGACUGCAAGCAUAUCCCAUUGUAUAACGACCUGUACUGGGAGUGUAUGAUCAGAUCUUUCCCCUUAACUAUAUCACACCCCGUGGGUACUUGUAAGAUGGGGCCAAAGUCGGACCCAAAAGCGGUGGUUGAUCCUUGGCUUCGAGUUUAUGGAAUUACUGGACUUCGAGUUAUAGACAGUUCGAUUAUGCCAAAUUUGAUCAGUGGCAAUACUAAUGCGCCGACUAUUAUGAUUGGUGCCGACAUGGUAAAAGAGGAUUGGUUGAAGAAAUAGGGUUUGGAUUGAUUGUUACUUUUGUAAAUUUGUUUUAAGCGACUGCUAGUAGUAUAUCAUUACGUAAUAAAGACGUGCGGUUUUGAACUGAAAAUAAAUUUUCAUUAUUUGUCACGUAUGGAGGAGCGCAAUUCAAGAUACAGUCUUGUUGUAUAAAAUUGGAGGAUCAAACGAAGUUAACAUUAGUGAAGUUCGAUUGUAAUUAUAUGAAGAAACCUCCUUCGAAUAUAUAACCUAAUACUCCAUCUGUCCUCUAGAUAUCAUGAAGUUUAAAGUAAUACGAUCUUGUGUACUUUAUUAUGGUAACAAAAUAGUUUCGUACAUGUAUAACAAUAUAAACUAAGUGUUAUGCAAUAAAAUGAUAGCGUAAUUUGCCUUUAUAUUGUAAUGUAUCAUGCGAACGUAAGUUAACUUUGAUAUAGUCGCACCUCCAAGGGGAAGUGUAGUAGAAUGUUAUAGUCUGUUCAACGAGACGAGGCAGUAAACGUGAGCAAAAUGUGAUUGAUACAGUUGCAACUAUUGGCUGCCGAUUAGUGACACUCGAGAAAUUAACAUUUUGAAUAAUUUUGUUAUACAUGUAUUUGUUGGCCUGAAACUAUUGUUCCUACUGAAAGAAGCUAUUGAUACCACUACAGUAAAUUUUGCCUAUUAUCGUCAAACUUACAAUAAAUUAUGCUUUUUUCAACAUUUUUUAUGUAGAAAGUCAAAAGGAACGUAGACUUCAACAUCUUUGUUACUUUUGCAAAUACAAACAAAUAUAUGAGGAAAAGUUUCUAAAAAAUACUUAAAAAUGGCAUACUUUCAUCGUCGCAUCAUUGUGGCUAGUAGAAAACGGAUUUCAAACACAUAGAUUGACGUUUAUCUUGAAAUGAGCUUGAGGAGAAAAAUUAGUAAUUUGUAGCGAAGUAAGAAGUUGAACGUCUUCAUAUUUCUGCCCCAAAUUUGUAUUAUUUUGCAAGAAAUGUUCUAUACGAUCUAUCAUUACUUUGAAACAUUCCAAAUGUUCCGAAUAAAUAUCACGAACUACGUAAGUGUUACAGAACCCAUAAAAAUAAGGAAUUCCACUGUACUUACGUAUUGUCGAACAGAAUCGUACCGUGAAUUGUAAGUAAAACAUACGUUGCUAUGUCUUGUUCACAUUGUUCCCAUGUGAUGUUAUUGUUAUUGCUAGUGCAACGAAGUAGCUGUGAUUCGGUGUAGCUACAUACGGUGUAGUCAAUGUGAAAAAAGCCUGCUCUGAACUUAUCACAUUUUUGAUUCUUCGUUACACAUGGCACUGAUUAUAAUAUACAGGACGUCUCGCAGCAUCGGAAAAUGGUUUCAGCGGUGAAUUUUGCGCAUGAAAACAAUAAACAGUGCUCAUAUGAACACCCUAUUUGACCUGAUUUUCGAGUUUUAGCGAGUUCUAUGUUGAAGUAACUUUAUCGGAAGAUGGAAGUAGUUGAACUAAUUUCACCUACCUAUUUGCGAAUAGAAUUCGGUAUUCUCAUAAACAAUAUCUGGACAAAUGGAGAGGGCAAGAAGAACAACAAUAAAACGUCUGUAAUCUCGUGUUCAAAUGCAAAGAGUUUAUUAUGAACACUUCUUAAGAAGGCAUGUAGAUAGAAUUUGUUAACUUAUUGUAAAUUUUUAUUUAAAAAUUUAAUUUACUGUAACUCGAGAACGAAGAAAAAUAGGGCACGUGUUUGCAAGAAAGUUUUUUAUCGUUUUCAUGUGCAGAAUCCACAGCCGCACCGGUUCCCUGAUGCUACGUGAUACUCUGUACAAAUAAGGAAUACAA